AUGUCACUCUCAUCUUUCCAGGGUGCCUGUCAUAAAGUGAUGGUCAGCACGAUGUUCGCGCACACUGUUCAUGUAGGGCGUGACCAUAAUUUUUGCCGUAAUCCUGACAAUGAGGAGGAUCGUCCUUGGUGCUUCACAACCAACCCAGAUGUCAGGAAAGAAAUUUGUGACAUUCGCAAUUGUGAUGGCUUUGUUGAAGUCAAUGAGGUAAUGGAAGAUACAGUUGCCUACAAAGGAGACACAGUUCGUAUGGAAUGCGAGAUUACCGGUAAACCUGUCCCCAAAUAUAACUGGACUAAAGACGAUCAACCAUUGCCUCUAGAUAAGCGUUACAAAGUUCGUGAAACGAAUUAUGGAUCAAGGCUGAAGAUCCUAAAUGCUGAUCCAAUGGAUUCAGGAAUGUACACCUGCAUUGCCUACAAUAAUUUUGGUCAAAAGAAUACAACUGGAAAACUGAAAGUCAAGGAUGAAUAUUCUUCCAAAAAGACUAUGACUGAUCUUCUUCCAGAACUUUCUGGAAAACAAACUCCAUCAAUGCCUACUGGAUCUAGCUCAGAAGAAAGCCGUGGUAAAGGAUCCUGCCUGCUUUUCCAAGGAAUCCCCUGUGCCAAAUUCUUGGCUAAUAAAAGUAUCUACGUAUCAGAUAAGAAUGAUUUGGUGGAGAUUGAAAAAGCUUACACUGUUGCUGUGACCAUGAUUGGCCAAUCAAAUGACCUUUCCCCAAACUGUCACAAAUUUGCCAUUUUGUCCCUCUGCUAUCACGCUUUCCCCCUAUGUGACACUACGAGUAGUGUCCCUAAACCACGCCUGCUCUGUAAAGAUGAAUGCAAGAUCCUACGAGAAGACAUUUGCAGGAUGGAAUACAAGCUUGCUAAAGUGCAUCCACUUAUAGGAGAAAAGAUAUUACCUAUAUGUGAAGAUUUGGCAGAACCAGGUACAAAAGAAGCAGCUAAAUGUAUUGACAUUGGUGUACGUAAUGAAACCCGAGCUGCUGAACAUAAUUGUUAUAAUAGAAGUGGUAACAGUUAUCGUGGAACAGUCAGUACAACUCAGUCAGGUUAUGAAUGUCAGAAAUGGACCUCUGACACCCCACACGUACACCACUUUAAGCCAACACAGUAUCCAGAACUCGGAGAUCACAACUACUGCCGCAACCCCGGUAAUACUGAUCAUGCCCCUUGGUGCUUUACAAUGAAUGAACAAGUGAAAAAAGAACGCUGUAACAUCCCUCGUUGUAAUGUUGAUAUCAAUUGCUACACUGACAAAGGCAGUUCCUACCAAGGCAAAGUAGACAAAACUAAAUCUGGAUGGACCUGCCAGUCUUGGAGUGUUCAGUACCCCCACAAACAUGUUUACAGCUCAUCUGAUUACCCCGAACUCCGAGGCGGCCACAAUUACUGUCGCAACCCAGGAGGUUUGCAGGACAGACCUUGGUGCUUUACUACUGAAACAACAGUGGUCAAGGAGGAAUGUAACAUCAGCAAAUGUCCACAUGGAAUUAGUGAAGAUGUGAACAAGUUGAUGUUCAUCCUGGUACCAGGAAUUACUGUCCCUUUGGCACUUGUCCUCCUGCUUGCUUUGGUCUGCUUUUGCCAGCGUUCACACAACCGUUAUCAAGGAAGUAACGACAAGGCAUCCCAACGUCAAGGGCAGCCGAUGGAACUGAGUCCUCUGGCUGCUAAAUCUACCAUGAGAGCUCGAGAAUUUCCCCUACAGAAUAUCCGAGGGGAUGAAGAAGGGAAUCGAGUACUGGACUACCUUGACAUGCUUCACAUUGCAAUACAGAUAGCGGCUGGAAUGGAGUACCUUGCUAGUCACCACUUUGUGCACAGAGACCUUGCAGCUCGGAACAUCUUAGUUGGAGAUGCAAUGACUGUUAAGAUAUCGGAUUUUGGCCUUUCUCGAGAUAUUUACUCAUCAGAUUACUACAGAGUUCAGAGUAAGUCCCUUCUUCCUGUCCGCUGGAUGCCUCCAGAAUCAAUUCUUUAUGGAAAGUUUACAACCGAGAGUGAUGUCUGGUCGUUUGGUGUGGUUUUAUGGGAGAUUUUCAGUUAUGGCCUGCAACCCUAUUAUGGCUACUCGAAUCAAGAGGUGAUCAACAUGAUUCGUUCCCGGCAGAUCCUUCGCUGUCCCGAAGAUUGCAAUGCUCGCAUUUAUGCUCUGAAAGUCGAGUGCUGGCAUGAGGUCCCGUCUCGCCGUCCCUCUUUCAGAGAGAUCCAUGCCCGCCUUCGAGGCCUGAAGAUGGAAGCGAUGAAUCAAAACCCUCACUGGAGCAUCUCCCAAAGCCAGUCAGCCCAUUCGAGCAGCACCCACCAGAGUUCUCACAGUCAGCCAAGUCACCAGAGCAGUGCCGGUCCCAGCAACACCACAGCAACUACAGGCCUGACAAGCUCCAGCAAUAACUCUGAACCCCAUCAGGGCCACCAGCAAAACCCAUCAGUGCCUAUGACUAAUCAGAUGUUGCCACCUCAUGGCUAUGUACCCAAUCAGAUGCCACUGACUCCUACUCCUACACAACAGAUCAUGAUGAUGCAGCAGCAGCAGCGGGCCCCACCUCCCUAUGGUGGGCCUCAAAUGAAAGUCUCACCUGCUGGUUCUGUGGCCAGUCAUCCUUCUUCGGCUAACAGCUCUUCCUCCCAGGGAUCGAGCACCAGUCGAGGUGGAGUGCAGAUGAUGCAACCACCAUCAGUAACUGGCUAUGUUGGCAAUAAUCUGUCUGCUCCAGGAAACAUGAUGGGUUCUGACUGUCACAAGAUGAGUAAUUACAUCACACACAACAGUCACAUUCCGGACUCAAAACCUGCUGCGGAGAUCUAA